AUAUUGCAUUGUGAAAUAAAAAAAAGGCCUAUUAGCAAGAGGAGUAGCCGCAAAAUCCGCAAAACAGUGAAAAAAUUGUCAAUAUACCAGUGAAAUUGGUUAAUAAUAUUUUUAUAUCUAUUCCAAGUUGUUGGUAAAAGUGUCCAGUGUGUAUCUAUGAUUAAAAAACCUAGCUCCAAGACGCAUAAGGAAAAAUAUGAGGGAAAGUACAAAACAAAUGGCGGAAGAUCGGCAUCGAAGAGGGAAGCAGAGAGACAUCCAUCAACACAUGAAGACACCAUCAAAAAAUCCCAUCAUCAUCGUGAUGAAUUAGGAAAGAAAGAUGAAAGAAAGGCUUAUGAGGACGAAUUUCCCAAACUUGGGCAUGUUCCAUCUACAUCACGGGAUUCCCGGGACGGCUUUCAACACAAAAGGACGGGUGAUGGCAAGGAAUCCUCUAAGCAUCGAAGAGGUGCUGCCAAGAGAGAUUCGUCAAAUUCUUCAGAGACUGACGAUGAAUCCCUGAAAUCUUCGAGGAAAAGGCCAGAAUCUCGCCGGAGACGAUCAAAAAGUCGUAGCCGAAGUCUCGAUGACUCGUACAGGAGACGUCAAGCUUCCACGAGUCGUCGAUCUUCGCCACGGCGUCGGCCAAAGUCCGUUUCUCCUCCGCGUGAGAAAGUUCCCUACUAUGCAGAUGCCCAGCGUGAGAGGGAUCGCCUGAGGGAGAAGUAUGGAAGUGACGGGAGGACUAGGAGGAGGAGCAGCAGCCGCGAGAGACGUAGAAGACGGUCUAGAGAUAGGAGAUCCAAGACUCCAGUCCGAGAAACCACAAAAAUUGUCACAGUUCCUGUUCCUGUUCCCGUCUACCCAUCAAUAUAUCCGGAUGGUUCCAUGUAUGACUGGUACGAUCCUUCUUGGCAAACAGGACUCUUUUCUCAGGCUGUCAUGCCUCCAAGACACAUUCCACGCCCAAUGCGACCUCAUGCCCCAUUCCCUACUUCACCCUUCAUGGUGGAUCCUUUUCAUCGGCCAAUGAGGCCAGGAAUGCCACCUCCGAGACCCUUUCGACCUCCCCAAGGAUUCCCUCCUCCCCGAUUCCACAGACCCCAUUGAAAUGAAAGUCUGAAAAUACUAAUUAUUGUGAGCAAAAGCCAUAAGUUUAUUAAGAAUAAAAUGUAUUGAAUUUUUAUUGAA